UGUCAACCACGUUCGAUGUUUGCAUCUUUGGGCGAACAUCACAUCUACAUACUAUGAUGCCGCAGUCCAACAGGUGAAUGGAUCGGCGGCGUCGACUGCUGAUGCCAACUCGGAGGCGCAAACUGUGGCGUCUGAUGCUGCAGCCGCAACUCAGCCGCAGCAGUCAUCUUCAGGCCAAUCAACUCUCAACAGCUGUGACCAGUUGGCCGCUAAGUUGUUUGUCGGCGGACUCAGCUCAGAGACAUGCUCUAAGAAGCUCAGACAGUAUUUUAGACAGUUUGGCAGGGUUAUCAAUAUCCAACUUUUAAGAGACUCUAUCACUCUUUUCAGCCGCGGAUACAGAUUUAUCACGUUCUCAGACCCGGAAGCUGUGGAGAAAGUGCUCAAAAUGCCUAUCCACACACUGGAUGGCAAGAAUAUCAGUGUAAAAUAUGCAACACAAGAGAACCGGCCGAAGCUUACAAAGGUCUUUGUUGGGGGUGUGAGUCAGGACACCCCGUCGGAGGAUCUAGAGGAGUAUUUUUAAAAAAUUGGCAGGGUGGAGGAGACGCUGCUGUUGAUGGACCCAAAGACCGAGAAGCAUCAUGGCUUCGCCUUUAUCAUUUUCGAGAGAAAGGAUGUGACAGACUGCGUAUGUAAAGUUCAAUACCAUAUUAUAAAAUAUGGAAGAGUGGAGUGCAAGAAGGCACAUCCUAAAAGUAAUGUGGUGGAUGUGAUGAUGGAAGGACCUCUUAGGAUGGCUGCGUCUGUGGCCCCCAUGGUGGCCACCCAGGUCCAGAGUACUCCUUAG